UUUAAAUUUCCGCAAAUUCCUUAAUUGAGUUGUAUAAAAAUAUUCAAUAUGCAAAAAAAACCAACCCGUCGAGAUUGUUUCAUUCCGGGUUGUCCAUCACAAAUGGGUCAAGUAGUUUUCAUGAGCGCAUAUAAAUCUGAUGGUUUACAACGAUGGUGGAGCGAAACUGUUUGGGCAAAAAAGCGUAAAAAUAAGCUAAUUCCAAAAAAUUCGCGAGUUUGCGAGAAACACUUCGAAGAAAAAUAUAUUGAUCGUAGCUACAAGAUGCCUCGAUUGUUUCCCGAAGCAUGGCCUACGAUGAACAUAGCAACAUAUUCUGACGAAUUUAUUGGUACAGAAAAGCAAAAGAGCGAUAGAAGCAAGGACAAUAAACAAGAAACAAACCCUAGGAUUUACUGCAGAUUUUGUGGCCGAAAAGAAAAACAUCCAAUUGAGAAUCAGCUAUACCAAUUGAGCACUAGUGAAAAUUUCUUGAAGUUAUGUUUGGGUCAAUUUUAUCGAAAAGAAUAUUUCCCGCAAGGAAUAUGUGAAAAUUGCAUGGAAACGGCACAGUUCUUAAUAAAUUUUAUAAGACAAUGUAAUGAAACACAGCGUCGGCUUGAUGAUAUUUUUACGCCUCAGGAGAUCCCUAAGCUAGAGUCGAAUUGUGAUCUGCCUGAAAAUGUUCAUUUAAAGCAAGAAAGACUAGAUGAAUCUGAAUAUAUAAACGAAUCACUAAAUAAACCAAGCGAUAUCCUCGUUAAACCAGAAGAUGUGAUUCAUGAUGAUUCAGAUAACGAUGCUUUUACAGUUCCAGACCAAGCGAGCUCAGACUCUUAUCAAACGGAUGAAGAGUACAAACCAGACAUGACUAAAAACGCGAAAACAUUUAAAUCUCGGGUUAGACAUGAGAGCGAAUCUGAAUGUGAUUCUGAAGAUAAACCUCUUAAACGAAAUUACAAAAAAAAAUCCGGCUCUAAACCAAAAAUAUCUACUGAUUUCAAAGAUAAAGGUUUAAUAGUAGUCAAUGAAUUUCCUACCGGUUAUGAGACCAAACAAAUACGUCAGCCGAAACCAAAACGAGAGAAAUCGGCCGGACCCGGUGAGACAAGCCGAAUUUGCCCCAUUUGCGGUAAAAUUUUGGUGCAUAAGGGUAAUUUCACUUCGCAUUUGAAAAUACAUAGUGAGAAAAAAGACUAUGUAUGCAACAUUUGUGGAAAACAGUACUACAUACGGCGAGAACUUCAAAUGCAUAUUGAAUCUUUACACGAAAAAAAAACUUUCGUUUGCAAUAUUUGUGGUAUUAAAUGCGCUUGGAGAAAGGGACUGCAGAGACAUAUGAAAAAUAAACAUUCCGAUGAAAGCUCUUUAAAGCAUAAAUGCACGUACUGUGGAAAAGCUUUUCUUUUGCCGAAUCAGUUGAGGUUACAUAUUAUGAAACAUACAGGAGACAGAAUUACUUGUGAUUUAUGUGGUGCUGGUUACAGAUUCAAUUACAUGUUGACACAGCAUAAAAUACGGGAACAUGGAAUGGAGUUUAAAGGUGUAAAACUUUACAAAACUAGCAGCAGAGCACGCAAAAGCGGAGAAGGAAAACAGCUAGCUACUAUAACCACUACUGCUACAGCGAGUAUGGUAGAAACACAAUCUGGUUCCGUAAACAUUUCUAACUUAGCAGAUUCGAAUCGUGAUUCUAUUCAAUCGUCUGAGUCUUUGCAUUCUCAUCAUAUCUCCCAACCGCAGCAACAACAGCAUGAACAGCAUAUUCAACAAUUUCAUCACGCGAGCACAACCCAGUUGGAUCGUAUUCACUUUCAACCGAGUUUUGUCUAUUCAACCACUCCUGUCAUGAUGCUUCCUUCAGGAAGUGAAUACAAUGGCUAGCAUUAAAUAUGAAAA